UGUAUAUUUUGCAUGUUGAAUAUAAAUCUGUCACCACUACAAAAAGCGACACAAGGCCAACGAACAACUUAAUAUUUUAUAAAGUAAACAAUAUGGUAUAAAUAAUUAGUAAAGAUAGGCCUAAUAUGAAAAAUCAGGGAUCCAAAAUUGUGGGGAUGUGUAAAAAUGGAUCUACUGGUGUAUGGGGGUCACCUAGAAUCCUUGGCGGGGUCAAGGGGUAAACCGGUCUGUUUGUAUUUUAGAAGUUCCAGCCGUUACAAUCAAUUUCAGCCUUGUAACUUGAAAUAUCUAAACUAAAAAAAACAAUUUAUAUUGAGUUGGAGGGUGCGUAUGCAAACACAUUGCACCCCCGCCUCCUCCAGGGAUGCAAGAACUUUAUGAAUAUGGCCCCUCUACAUUGACGGAUAUGGCGUUUUUCUCCGGCCCACAUCGCCUAUGGCUUGGGUAAUACUUGGCCUAUGGUUAUGGACGACGACGACGAACUGCAGAGGGCGCUAUACAGAGAAAAAUAUCCCCAUGCAAAAAAUGGAAGAGCCAAGCAAUGUUUUGCAAAGCCUGGCGGCUUUGCAAAGUGUGGUGGAGUCCAACCUCGCUGGUGGUCUGAGCAAGUUUUCUAUCACAGGAAUUAUCUGAUUGCUAGUGGAUAUGAAGUUGAUCUUCAAGAUUGUUAUCAAUUUGAAAGUUCAUCCAAGUUUAACGAACACCUCAAAACCUCCGAGCCAGACUGUAUUCUGGCCGUACAUGCAUACCGCAGCGGUGCAUUGCUACAGGAAUGCACUCUACCCUUUGCACUUGUGUUUGGAGGCACAGAUUUGAAUGAGCAUUUCAAAAUUGAAAGCAAGAUGAGAGUUAUGACAAGUGUAGUUCACAAAGCCAAGUAUAUGGUUACUUUCAGUAAGCCAUUGUACAAUCAGGCAAAACAUCUUUGGCCCGAUGUCAGUUCUCAACUGGUUUUACAACCUCAGGCUGUUAAGACCUCACCUGAUGGUUCCUUUAAUUUUGUUCAACACCUUCAGAAUAGCUGCAACAUACAUGCUGAAGUCGUCAUUUUCUUGCUCUUAGCUGGACUAAGACCUGUGAAGGAUGUGCUUUACCUCACUCGAGCAUUUUCAGAGUGGCACCUUGAAGAGAAUGCAGUUCAUCUGGUGAUAGCUGGGCCAGAGCUAGAUGGAACAUAUUCAGAUCAAGUGAAGCAAGUUGUCAACAGUUUACCAGGUGUGUAUUUGCUACCUGAGAUGUCCCUUGCACAUGCUCACACUGCAAUCAAGCAGUCCUAUGCUUUGCUCAAUUCAUCUCAAAGUGAAGGAAUGUCAUCUACUAUAUUAGAAGCUAUGGAUUUACAAGUGCCAGUUAUAGCAAGAGAUAUACCAGGAAACAAAGCAAUUAUUACCCACGGCGAGACUGGUCUGUUGUUUAACACCCCAAUGGAAUUCAUACAAUAUGCAAAGUGUUUAAGACAAGAUGUCAGUUUUCGAAAGCAGAUUAUUCAAAAUGCGAAAGAAUACUUAAUUAAGAACCACUCAACCAAGAAAGAAAGGGGGACUUAUUGUAGAAUAGUGGCAGAGCUUAUAAGCACACAUUAAUAGCAUAGAGUGAUUUAUUGUUGCAGACUGAAGCUGUGUUUCAAGAAAUGACGACAAAAUUGUAAAUUGACUCCUUGUUCAGAUGAUUUAAGUUUAAACUCUUUAAAUUCCCGUAAAAAUGUUAUAAUGUGUUUGUCUUGCAAACAAAGCUUCUAAGCACUUAAAGCCUGGUUUCCAUAAAAUUGCUACACAGUCGCUACAGCAUUUUCACUGCAAUCCUUGCACUCCGUAGCUGUCCCCGAUGCAAUCGGGAACGCUCUCCGAUUUAACUGACCAAUCAGCAUCGCCAGUGGAGACGGCGAUAGUGUGUAGCAUUUUUAUGGAAACCAAGCUUUAUAUUAUUCAUUCAAUUUUUUUGUUAUGUUUUGAAAAACAAACAGCACAUACAAGCUCCCUAGAGGAGUUAAAUAUUUCAUAAUUUUUUAUUGUGAUUAGCUUGCUCAAGGCAAAGGCACCGGUUUACAUUUAUGGUUUAGAAUAAAUUUCAUGAAAAUACAAAAUAGAUUGAAAAUGUAAAUUGGAUGUAGAGAAUGUCAUAAAGGAUUUGGAGUCAAUAGUAGAUGAGAGAACAAUGAUUUAUGUGAGAUCAUUUUUAAAAGUAUUUUAGUUGGAAAUAUGUUUCUAGGAAACUCAUCCAGCUCACUGAUAAUGGAAGGUCAUCUCUCAUAGGCAUAUGUUUCAUUCUGGAACCACACGGUGAUUAUUUUUCUGUCUUUUAUUUUUUUAUCGCUUAUCUAUAGAAAAAACAAGUACAGUAAAUAACCCAUAAGCGCUGCAGCUGGUAAAUCCAGAGUGAACAGAUCAACUCAGUUAGAUCUUCUUUAAAAUAUCUUCACAUUAAAAUACCAGACACAUUGCAAAGCUUUUUACAGAAAUGUAUCAACAAUUCGAUUGACCACUCAUCCACAGUAUCUUUCUAUCUUAAAAAUCUUUCUAAGGUGUUCAAACAGACAAACAGCUUGAUGAUUUAUAAAUAGUAUGUUUGAUUUUGUUUUGUAUGUCUCUUUAAGUCAAAAUGAUUUAUUGUUUUACAAAUGUUACUGUGUUCCUUCACCACACUGCAAGUUGAAAGGAAAUGCAAUAUUCGAUACGUAUCACUUUUGUUAAUGUGAUUACAUUUCCUUAUAAGGAUUGUUAGCUUUGAUAGAGUCGCUCAUCGGGUCAGUCAUACAGGGCAAUUACAUAAAAUUUUUGAUAAAUUACAUUCUGUGUGUCAUUUUUAUUGCUAUGUACUUACCCUAAUUUUAUUUUAUUAGAAAUAACUUUAUUAGAAUAUUAUUUAUGGUGUUGCAUCAGGAAAUUUAAUAGGAAUGAUGUUUUGCUCUACCUGACAUUAUUAUCAUACUGAAUGCUCAGACACUUGUGAAAAAAAAUGGCAAGUGAUUCAGGUGGGAACCGAACCCACAACCUCCAGUAGUAUUAUAUAUUUAGUUUAUUCAUCCCAUUAGGUGAAUAGUGCAUUAUAAAUGUUUGUCUUAUCGAAUGAUUGAUUGCUUUAUUGGUUGAUCAACACAUAUAGUAGCCUAUAUUAAUGUGAAGUUGAUUUAAUGUGAAUACAUGAAAAUAUGUUUUAAUAUUUAAAUUAUUCAUCCCUCUUACGAUAGUGUUUAUUUCUUUGGAUUGAUUGAUUCAUUCAUUCAUUCAUAUGUCACUUACUGUUAAUAGUGAUUUAAGGAGUAGGAUUAACAUGUCUUUAGGGUUAAAUUAAGUAUUACUUCCUUGGUGAAUUUUGUUUGUUUGUUUUUUUCUUGUUUUUUAUGUUAAGUGCAAGAUAGAGGUCUCCACAAUAUGCGCUCUAUAAGUCGACCAUUAUUAUUAUUAUUAAUAGAUUUUUUUUAAGUUUCUCAUAUUGAUGGGAAGAAAACUAAAUUAUUUAAUUAAAUAAUGAAUUGUUGUUCACUAUGAGGUGUUUAUUGGAUUUUUGUCUUCCAUUGGGUAAUUUGGAUGCAUUUUUUCCUGUGAUUUUUCAUUAGUUUCAAGUUCUGUUUUGUUUUCCCAUGUAACAUUUUAAUUGAAAAUAUUAUCAAAGGUGGGGGUGAUUUUUCUUCAGGUAGCUACCAUAAAUAUUUUAAUAAACAUAUUCCUCAGUCCUCUCUUAACAAAUAUUUAAUUUGUGUAAGUUUUAAUUUAUGAAAACUUACUACAGUAGGUUAUAUCAUUCAUGUGUCUUACUAAUUUUUAUAUUUUUUGCAGUGUGUUAUUUGAGUGACUGGCUCUGGUCAUUUAUGUUCAAUGUAAAUAUUUACAGGCAAAUUAUAUAUAUAUAUAUUACUAUAUACACAGUAUUAUAUAAAUUAUUAUAUUUUUGAAGAGAAUUAUAUUAUUUCUCACUGAUAAUUUUAGCUACCAUUUUAAAUGAAAAGAAUAUAUCUUGAAUUAUUCAUGUAAAAAUAUUUAUUUUUAUGUAUCUGUUAUCUCCCUCCAAUUAAAGACCACUUCUAAUUAAAGACCAAUUUUCUGCGGCAUCAGGAUAAAUACUUAUCCUUUAUUUUUAUGAUAAUUAUUUUUAUAAUUAGAGACCAAAGCUGCUAAAGACUAGGUAAACCCUGGCCCCAAAAGUGAUCUUGAACGGGAUGGACACCUGUAUUCUAAUUUCAGUUCAUAGAGAGACAGCAGAAAUUUCACAUUGAGUGUAUAGGAAGCCUGUGACGCAUCUUGUAUGGGAUUAAGUCAUCGAGUAGGAACGCCACAUUAUAAAAUAUAAUAAUAGUUCUAGAAUUAUAUCCUGUAUGUUAAGCAAACCAAUUUAUAUCAAAUUAUAAAUACAUGAAGAUGUAUGAAGAUAUCAUUAAUAUAAGUUAUAUUUUUUCUUUGUAUAAUAUAAUUUAAUUCGAUGGUGUAUUAUUGUUAUUGUAUUGAUGUACAAUUUAUGUUUAAUGUAUAUAGUGGUGUAUCAUCAUUCAUAUUUUUUGUUCAAAUUUACAAUUAUCUGCUGAAAUGACUAUACUUUAUGUUUCUAUUUUUAAGUAAAUUACAGUACUAAACAAUCACAUUUACUACUGUACAAGUUUGAUAUUUAGCGCAAUUCAAUAUACGUUGAAACGAAUGUAUUUCGAAUAAUGAUAACCAUUAGAAAAUGUAGACUUAUCAUUUGUAUUAACAAACUGACUAUGUCACAACUGUUUGCAUUUUGACAAAUUUAUUAUGAACAAAUUUCAGUUUGAUUAAUUUACUUCAUUACAAGUACAGUCAUAUGCAA